GGUAGAGGUUUCCCGAGUUCGCCGGAGUGUUUUCGUCUUCUCAGGGCAUCUGGGACGCUGGUUCUAGACCGAGGUCAUGGAGCGGAAACGCGCGAGAAGAGGGGUUGUUCUCGCUGCUCAGAGGAGUCACAGCACAUUGAAAGUUAACAAACCAGUUCAAAGGAGUGAGUGAAGAAAUAACUGGGCUGGUCCAGCAACCAAGUCUCAAACCACAGGCAGAGGUUUCCUUCAGUGGCCACUACUUUUCAGGUAUUGCAUCACUGAAUUUACAACUGGACAUCCCUUUGCCAAGGAAAACUUGGGAAUGUAUACACGGUUCAGCCUAAGGAAGCCAAUUAUUGUGGCCCUGAAGAACCGCAAGUGCUUCGAGAGAAGGAAAACUCAGCGGAGGGAACCUGAAAUCCAUGCUAAUCCCAAAGACGCAAGAAUCGUACUCUCCGGGUGCGCAGCCACGGCCGCUAAAGUUUGAUGGCGCCAGAACUACACUACCCAGAAGGCAUUGCGCCUUUCUGCCAAUGAAAACUGGCGUUCCCGUGCCUGGGCGGGCCUUCCGGCGUCGCCGUGGCGGCAUCAUUUCCCCUGCUCCAGGGGUCGUUUUACGUUGAGGUGAGGAGACCUGGGAGGUGCGAGAAGGAACAGGGGCUGUGUUCACAACACGGAGUCAAGUCUGAGGCUCCGCGGCAGUGCCCAGAGUGAGCGGGGACGGCCCUUCCCGCCGCGGCUCCCGGCCACGCUCUGCUCACAACAUCUGAUGGCGGCGGCGGCGGUGUUGAGACGCCCGGCUCAGGGCUUCGUGACCUUUGCCGAUGUGGCUGUCUCCUUCUCCUGGGAGGAGUGGAAUCUGCUGGAUGCAGCCCAGAAACAACUCUACCGCAGCGUGAUGCUGGAGACCUUGGCUCUUAUGGACUCGUUAGGACUUAAAGCUGCCAAGACCCAUGAAAUUGUCCAGCUGGAGUUGUGGGGACAGCCCUUUACACCAAGAGGUCGCUGGCCUGGAGGGGACGCUGCGGAGGCGCCCUGGGAACAGAGGGUUUCUGUAAACGAAACGCUCUGCACAGACCCUCACCAGCACCAGCAGCUCGACUGUGGACAGGAACCCUUAAACGCAGAAGAGGGGCAGGCCUCAGCGUGGAAGAACUGCAGAGUACACUUGCCAGAGAAACCCUGGCAAAACGGGGAGGGUAGGAGGGAUUCCCUGACCAGCUCAGGUCUCCCCAGGCAGCAGGGGACCCACAGUGGAGGAGAGCCCUGUGGGAGCACUGAGAACCAGGAGGCCUUGUGCAGUGAGAAAAGGGGUUACAAAUGCAGCGAAUGCGGCAGAGCCUUUGGUCAGAAAUAUUUACUUGUUCAGCACCAGAGACUACAUACUGGAGAAAAGCCUUAUGAAUGUAGUGAAUGUGGGAAAUUAUUUAGCCAUAAAUCCAACCUUUUUUUACACCAAAUAGUUCACACUGGAGAAAGGCCUUAUGGCUGUAGUGAAUGUGGAAAAUCCUUUAGCCGAAAUGCUGACCUCAUUCAACACCAAAGAGUUCACACUGGAGAAAAGCCUUUUACAUGCAAUGAAUGUGGAAAAGCUUUCAGGCACAAUUCUACACUCGUUCAGCAUCACAGAAUACACACUGGAGCAAGGCCUUACGAGUGCCCGAAGUGUGGGAAGUGCUUCAGCUUCAACUCCAGCCUCAUGAAGCAUCAGAGAGUUCACACUGGAGAAAAGCCUUAUAAGUGCAGUGAGUGUGGGAAGUUUUAUAGCCACAAGUCCAGCCUCGUUAAACACUGGAGGGUCCACACUGGAGAAAGGCCUUUUGAGUGCUGUGAAUGUGGGAAGUUCUUUAGCCAAAGCUCCAGUCUCAUCCAACACCGAAAGGUUCACACUGGAGAAAAGCCUUUUAAGUGCAAUGAAUGUGGGAGAUUCUUCAGCGAGAACUCCAGCCUUGUUAAACAUCAAAGGGUUCACACUGGCGUGAGGCCUUACGAGUGCAGGGAGUGUGGGAAGUUUUAUCGCCACAGCUCCAGCCUUGUCAAACAUCGAAGAAUUCACACUAGAGAAAUGUCUUAAGAGUGUGACAAUCAUGGGAAAUCCUUUCGCCAGCGUUUCAGCCACAUCCGACACCAGGAGGUUCGCACUGGAGAGAAGUCUCGAAUACAGGACAUGGGAGAAAACCUUUGGCUGUCCCUCCAGCCUCACUCAACGCUGCACAGUUCGCAGUGCUGCGAGGCCUUAUGAGUGCACUGGAUGCGGAGAAAGGCUUAGGUCAAAGGCCGAAGUUCAGAGUGGAGAAAAACAUCAGGAAUGGAUGGGACUUGAACGUUCUGAGAGUAUCCUUUAAGAGGGGUCUAGAAAUUGACGACAUUCGUAUAAAUAUGCCUUCUGGGUACAGGAAGACAAUUACUGAUACUCAGCUCGUCCCAAGAAGUUAGCUGGAAGCUCCAAGAUGAGGGAGCCCUGUGUUCUUGGCUGCAUCAGUCUGGCAUGGAAUUUCCUUCUCACUGCGUGUAGAGGGCGCUGGGACCAAAGGCCUUUGUUCACACUGAGAAUGUUGCUAUUUUUACUGAAUGUUAGAUUUUUCUGAAUACAUAUUACUUCAUUUGCUGUGUAUUAGAGCAAUCUCCAGAGACUGAGAAUUGUGUUCUUAUAAUUUUGUUGGGGAACAGGUUUCCAGAGCUCCUGAUGCUGUAUGCUGGAGGUUGAUCCAGGUGUUUAAAUUGUAAAGAGUCUGUCAAAGUGUGUUCUGAAUGGCUAGGAAUUUCACAUUUGUUCCUGUAGUAUGUUAGAUAUGCAGUGUGUUCACGUCAGCCUGACACUUUGUAUGUAAGUGUAUGAUGAGUCAUUCAUUUUAGCCAUUUUACUAGGUAUUAAAUUGUGGUUCUUUUCCUUAAUUAAUCACUGUUGAGUAUUUUUUUCAUGUUUGUCACUCAUAUCUUUUUAAAUGAACAGUCCAUAUUUUAAAAAUUGGUUUCUUGUUGUUUUAUAAUCUAAUAUUUCUGGAUAGAAUUGCCAGUAUUUUUUCUACAAUCUGUGGCUUUUGUUUUUAUUUUUAAAAGUAUUUAUUUAUUUGAAAGGCUGACAAACAGAGGGAGAGAGAAGUCUUCUAUUCAUUCCCCAAAUGGCUGCAAUGGCUAGGGAUGAUCUAGGCUGAAGCCAGGAGCCCAGAGCCCCAUCCAGGUCUCCCACGUGGGUGGCAGGAGCCCAAGUACUUAGGCAAUCCUCUGAUGCCUUCCCAGAAAUAUUGGCAGGGAGCUGGAUUGGAAGCAGAGCAGCCAGGAAUUGAAUCAGCACCACAGUAUGGGUUGCCAGUGAUGCAAGCAGCGGCUUAACCCAGUGCACCACAGAGUUGACCCCUGGAAAUGUUUUAAGCUUUUAAAAAUGGGGACAGCUACCAGAUUCCUGUGGUUGGCUUGGAUAAACCCCCAUCUUUAGAGGUCUCAUAACAGACCUGUCCCUUUUGGCAUUUGGUAUAAACCUAUUCACUUCUCAGACCCUCAAAGAAAAAAAAAAAUGAACAUAACACCUUGUUUGCAUUGUCUGUAUUAUUUUUAAGGAUUCAUUUAUUUAUUUGAAAGGCAGAGUUAGAGAGAGAAGGAGAGACAGAGAACUUCCAUCUGCUGGUUCACUCCCUAGAUGGUUGCAGUGGCUUGAACUGGGCUGGUCUGAAGCCAGGAGCUUCCAGGUCUCCCAUGUCGGUGCAGGGGCCCAAGGGCUUGGGCCAAGUGCUGUUUUUCUAGGAGCAUUAGCAAGGAACUGGAUCAGAAGUGGAGCUCAUUUAGUUAGUAGAAUGCCUUCCACUUUGUUCUUUCUUAAAAUUUAUUUUAUUUAGGAGGCAUCAGUGGGGCUCUCAUCUACAGAUUCACUCCCUACAAUGUCUACAACAGCUAGGGCUGGGCCAGAGCGGGAUCCACCAAGAACAGGGAGUCCAAUCCAGGUCUCCCACAUAGGCGGCAGGGACCCAAGUACUCAAGGCAUCUGCUGCUGCUUCCAGGGUGUCCAUGAGCAGGAAGCUGGCACACAGCACUCUAACGUGGGGUGUGGGAUACGCAAGCAGCACCUUAAUCAUUAGGCCAAAUGCUGACUCCCAUUUUAUUCUUAAUAUUCAAAGUAGCUUUGGUAUUUGGGGUCUUUUGUGGCUUCAUAUGAAUUAAUUUUGUUCUUCAUUUUCAACUUUCUUUAAGUAUAAAGGUGGGUUGUUCAUAUGAUAUCUUUUUUCUUUUAAUUAUAGCCCUUGGUCCGCAAGAUAUUCUGUUGUUAGUCUUUUUUCCUAAAGUUUUAUUUUGUUUUACAUUUAAGAUCUCGAUGUUUGAUUUAAUUUUUUGUUUAAGGUAUAAGGUUUGGGUUGAUGUUCAUUUUUCACUUGUGAAUGUUCAGUUACUUCAGUACCAUUUGUUGAUGAGACUGUCAUUCCUGCUGAAUUGCUUUUGCCCCAGAUCAGAGACCAGGAAGGCAGGUGUGACGGUUGCCAGGCUGUCCGGGUGUAGGUGGCCCCCACAGGGUUGCUCACACAGUGGUGUCAGGAGGCACCCCUGUGCAAGCGGAGAUGUCCCAGGAGUAGCUGCCAGGACCAACAGGGACAAGCCGGAUGUUGGCUGCUGGGAGGCCUGAGGAAGCAGGAGGUAGAGUUGGGAGGACCACGCCCCUGCCCUGUCUUCAGCAGAGAUUACACUCUCCUCUACACAGUGCUGACCGUGUCGACUCAAAUAGGAUUCUCUAGACCUUCACUUGGAGAUGGAAUCCAGGCUGAAAAUGAGCUCCCCAUUCACAAAGCCACAGUUUGGGAAACUUACCUUCAUUGUCAGUUCAUUUUUAGCAUAGUGAAUAUAGGUUUUAGAACUUUUUAGCAAUGUAAGAAUAAAAUGUAUCUUCUGAAGAUUAAUUAUCAUCAUAUUGCUAAAUCUUAUAUUUAGCAGUUUUUGAGAGGACAUCCUAAAUCUAAUUAUAUAUCUAAAAAAUGUUUAUCAUGUUAUACAUGAAUGAAGACUAAUGACCAGUGAAACAAAACACUUUUUUUUUUUUAAGAUUUAUUUAUUUAUCUGAAAGAGUUAAAUAGAGAAGGAGAGGCAGACAGAGAGGUGUCUUGCAUCUGCUGGUUCACUCCCCAAUUGGCCGCAACAGCUGGAGCUGCGCCUAUCCAAAGCUAGGAGCCAGGAGCUUCUUCUAGGUCUCCCAUGUGAGUGCAGGGGCCCAGGUGCUUGGGCCAUCUUCUACUGCUAUCCCAGGCCAUAGCAGAGAGCUAGAUCAGAAGUGGAGCAGCCGGGUCUCAAACCAGUGCCCAUAUGGGAUGCCAGCACUGCAGGCAGUGGCUUUACCCGUUACGCAACAGCACUGGCCCCAAAGGUAUGCUUUUAAUUAUAAUAAAGAGUUUAUAAUUAUUACAUUUUGAAACUUUUUAAAAAAGAUUAUUUUAUUUAUUUGAAAGUGUUACACAGAGAGAGAAGGAGAGGCAGAGAGAAGGAGGUCUGUCAUCUUCUGGUUCACUCCCCAGUUGGCUGCAAUGGCUGGAGCUGCGCUGAUCUGAAGCCAGGAGCCAGGAUAUUGCUCUGGGUCUUCCCACAUGGGUGCAGGGUCCCAAGGACUUGGGCCAUCUUAUACUGCUUUCCCAGGCCAUAGCAGAGAGCUGUAUUGGAAGUGGAGCAGGCAGGUCUUGAACUGGUACUCAUAUGGGAUGCCGGCACUGCAGUCGGCAGCUUUACCCACUAUGCCACAGCACUGGUCCCCAGUUUGAAAAUUAAAAUAUAUCAGGGGCAAGUGUUCGGCCUAGCAGUGAAACCACUGGUUGGAAUGCUCACAUCCUAUAGUGUAGUACCUGGGUUCAAGUCCCAGCUUCAUUCCUGAUUCCAGCUUCUUGUUAAUUGUACACUGCAAUUCUUUGAAAAAUUAUAUAGUAUGGAUUUUAUGCAUCUUUGUAUGCAUGCAUGUAGUUGAGACCAGCGGCUGGUAUCUACAUAUUUUUAUCUGAAUUUCCACUUAAUAUAAGUCCCAAAUUUAUAUAUUUCCUCCUCCCAGUUGUGGACUUUCAUAUUUUUGAGUAUGAUAUGCAUAAAGAAAAUAACAAAUUUACAUAGCCAGUUUACUAGCUAUUUCUAAACUUAACAUCUGUUUAAUUCUUGCCCAGGUGAAUAAGUAAAAUAUUCAUUGUACCCCGGAAGUCUUAUGUGCAUUUUUUUUUUAAGAUUAUAUAUUUAUUUUCAAGGCAGAGAUAGAGAAUGAGGGGGGGAGAGAGAGAGAGAGAUCUUCUAUCUACUGGUUCACUCCCCAGAUGGUUGCAAUGGUUGGGGCUGGGCCAGGCUGAAGUCAGGAGCCAGGAGCUUUUCCUGGGUCUCCCAUAUGGGUACAAGGGCCCAUGUACUUGGGUCUUCCUCCACUGCUUUCCCAGGAGCAUUCGCAAGGAGCUGGAUCAGAAGUAAAGCUACUGGAACUCAAAUUGGCACCCAAAUUGGAUGCUGGCACUGCAAGCAGAGUUUUAACCUGCUACAUCGGGGGCCGGCACCAUGUUUCUCCUUCUCUUUCUGUGUAACUCUGACUUUCAAAUAAAUAAAUAAAUCUUUAAAGAAACCACACAAAAAACCUGCUACACUAUAGUGCCAGCCCCCUUGUGUGUAUUCUUGCAAUUCAGUUAUCCAAACCACAAAACUUAAUUUUCUGUUCCAAGGAGACAUUUCCUUGUUUUUAUUGAUAAUUUUAACAUCCAUGUGUGGACAUAUAUAUAUGUAGUGCUAUUUUUUUUUUUUUUUUUGGACAGGCAGAGUGGAUAGUGAGAGACAGAGAGAAAGGUCUUCCUUUUUGCUGUUGGUUCACCCUCCAAUGGCUGCUGCGGCCGGUGCAUCUCGCUGAUCUGAAGCUGGGAGCCAGGUGCUUCUCCUGAUCUCCCAUGCGGGUGCAGGGCCCAAGCACUUGGGCCAUCCUCCACUGCCUUCCUGGGCCAUAGCAGAGAGCUGGCCUGGAAGAGGGGCAACCGGGAUAGAAUCCGGCGCCCUGACCGGGACUAGAACCCGGUGUGCCGGCGCCGCAAGGCGGAGGAUUAGCCUGUUAAGCCAUGGUGCCGGCCAAAAGAUUUAAUUUAUUUAUUUGAAAGGCAGAGUUUCAGAGAGGCAGAGGCAGAGAGAGAGAGAGAGAGGUCUUUCAUUUGCUGGUUCACUCCCCAGAUGGCGGCAAAGGCCAAAGCUGGGCUGAUCCGAAGCCAGGAGCCAGCAGCUUCUGCCAAGUCUUCCAGGUGAGUGCAGGGUCCAAGCACUUGGGCCAUCUUCCACUGCUUUCCCAGGCCAUAGCAGAGAGCUGGAUCCGAGUGGAGCAGCUGGGACUUGAACAUGAGCUCAUAUGGGAUGCCAACACAGCAGGUGGCGACUUUACCCGGUACGCCACAGCGCCAGCCCCUGUAGUUCUAUUUUGCCAUUUGUACUAAUGGAACCAUCUGAGUAUAAGAAUUAUUUUAUGGCUUAUUUCAUGUGAUCAACAUACUUGUUAUUUCACUUUCAUUUCUGCAUGUUUAUCAAGUUUCUAUUUUCAGCUUUUUAUAGUAUUCUGUGAUAUAACUGUAUGAAUAAAAUGCAUUUUACAUUCUCCCUUUGAAGGUUUUUAUGUACUUUUCUGAGGUUUUGGAAGUUGAACAUUGCUACUGUAGAGAUACCUUCCACGUUUCCCAGUUCGUGCACACUUGUGUACCUGGAGUAUGUAUUGAUCACGAGAAUUUGUUUUCCACACACUUGAACAGGGUUACACUGACUGUAUAACGUGGUAGUUUGCUAGGACCUGCAGAACGGAAUAUCGCAGAGUGGGGCUUUCACUAACAGAAUUCUCUCUUCUCAGGGCUCCGGGGGCAGGAUCCUGUGGCCUGCGUCCUCCCUGUGCCCUGCCAUGGCCUUUCUUCUGUGUGGCUGCAUUCUUGUCAGCUCCUUGUCCUGGGAGAACAGCAGCCCUGUUGCUGUGGGGCUCCCUGGGACCUCACUUAACCUCCUUUCUCUCCUUAAAGGCCCACUUAAAAUAUUGCCACAUUGGGAGUUACGGCUUCAACAUAGGCUAUCAAGAAUGAGUUUCUUGAUAAAUGAAUUUUUAUUUGCAUAGUUUU